AUGGCUUCUCUGAGCGGUGACCCUGCUAGGGAACCAAAGCCCUUCGUAAAUCCAUACAAAAACCUCGAUUUGCCUCCCGUGGCUUUCACCCUCGGUAAACCGCCACACCGGCCUCUCAGCUUUUCUGGCUACGCAUCAUCUUUUGCGGUUCAUCAUCCCUCCCAAAAGGACACUGGGAUGUCUGGCAUCUCCGGGCCAAUGCCGCUGCGGGCUGCUGGUGACAAGAAAGAACCCCUUACGUUCACCAAGACUGACAAUGUCUUUCAACAGUACGUGGAUGGCGUGACCAAUGUCGCUCGUCCAGGAUUCAACACCACCGGACGUGAGGUUGAACUGCAGGUCAACGCCUAUCCGAUAACCAAGUUUCCCACACAAAAUGUUUUUCAAUACGAUGUUACGAUCGUGAAGGUCGGAAAGGAGCAUGAAGCUCCGCCACCCCGUGCGAGGAAGCUUGUAUGGGAUUCACCUGCCCGCAAAAACAAAUACAAACAGAUUCUUUUCGACGGAUCGAAGCUUGCUUGGUCCUGCAUAAGCUAUGAUGAUCCCCACGGUGUUUUGGUGGACCUCUCUGCACACCCUGGAGGAAACGGCAAUGGAAAUACGCCAGGCUAUCGCUUGAUUGUUCGCAAGUCCAAGAGCAUCAAUCUCCAGGUUCUUGAGCAGUGGCUGCUCAAGAAAGGUCCUUUCGAUGAACGGGUUUUGGAGGCUAUGAAUUUUCUCGAUCACCUCUUGAGAGAAUGGCCGUCCACCAAGUUUACCCCGAUCAAACGAGCCUUUUAUGAUCAAACUGAGGAGGGACACAAUUUUGAUAACACCAUUGAUAUUCGCAAAGGUUUCUACCAGGCCAUCAGACCUGCUAUGGGCGGUCGACUUGUCGUUAAUGUCGACAGCGUUCUCUGUGCCUUUUGGCGGCAGGUUUCACUCAUUAGCCUUGCAGACAGCUUCCUUGAGAAGUUCGAUUGGGGCAAGACCGCUCAGGCUAUGAAACCGAAGAAUGUUGAUCCACAUGCUUCGUUUCGUGGAUACGUAUACAGUCCUGCCCAUAGACAUAUUUGGAACAAAUUGAAGCAUCUGGAGGUGAAGCCUGUGUUCGAAGGGAACACAGUUAAUCGGACUUUCAAUAUUCAUGCUAUUACGACGCAAGAUGCCCACACUAAAAAGUUCAAAUGGACAGAUUCAGCUACGGGCCGAGAGCGGGAUAUCUCUGUCUUUGACUACUUUAAACAAAAGUACAACAAGACGCUCUUCUGUCCGCAAUUGCCUGUCGUCGAGAUGACUAAAAAAGACACUUUCUAUCCGAUGGAGUGCCUGCAUGUAGCAGGCCUUCAGCGCUACAACCAUAAACUGAGUGAGCGCCAAACCACUGACAUGCUGAAGAUGGCUGUUAGAAGACCACAGAUGCGAUUUGGUGACAUUGUCAAGGCAAAGGCGAAAUUGAACCAUGGUCAAGACCCCAUUCUGCAGCAUUUCGGAAUGCAAAUUUCGCCGAACAUGCUCGUGACAAAAGCACGCCUCUUGCCAUCUCCUGAGAUUCAAUUUGGCGGCAACGCAAAAAUCAGUCCUCAGACGCAAGGCCGCUGGGACCUCCGUGGCAAGAAGUUCCUUGAGGCCAACAAGACGCCUUUGAAGUCAUGGGGUGUUGGAAUCAUCAAGCAAGGCCGAGGGGCACUCCCUGUUGCUCAAGCAGAGGAAUGGACUCAGGGUUUCAUGAAGCAAUACGCCGGACAUGGUGGAAAAGUUGUCUCCCGACCGACCAUAAUGGAACUCACCGGUGACACUGCCGAAGCUGUCUACCGUCUAUUCAUGGCGACAGGAAACAAUGCCAAGCAGCGUCCGCAACUGUUGCUUUUCAUCGCUCCUAACAAAGACGUGAUGGUUUACAACCGCAUCAAGAAGUCAUGCGAUUGCCGUUUUGGAGUUCCUUCUCAGGUCGUACAGAAAGCGCAUGUGGAGAAGAAAAUGCCUCAAUACAUGUCUAAUGUGGCAAUGAAAGUCAAUGCUAAGUUGGGAGGAGUGACUUGCAAAGCUGUUCCGCGACAGUCAGAUGCAAUGCAUCGCCCUGGAUCCAUCAUCAUCGGUGCUGAUGUUUCUCAUGCUGCACCUGGCAGUUUUGCCCCUUCACUUGCUGCUAUUUCGGUGUCCGCUGACCAGAACGGAGCCAAGUACAUGGGUAGUUGCCAAACCGGUGACAGCCGCGUCGAAAUUAUUAACGAGUAUAAUAUGAAGGAGAUGCUCACCCCUCUUGUCGAUGAGUGGACAAAGACCGUAGGCAAUGGUCGUCGCCCCCAGAACGUUUAUUAUUUCCGUGAUGGAGUGUCCACUGGCCAGUUCGCUCAAGUGCUCGAGAAAGAGGUUCCUGUGAUCAAGGAUGUAAUCUUCAAUGGAAGUGGAGAUAAAGUACCACCCAAGAUCACUGUGGUGAUUGGUAACAAGCGCCAUCAUAUCCGCGGUGCACCGCGUCCAACGGACAAAACUGCAGGCGACAAGAAUGGAAAUGCCCUCCCCGGAACGCUCAUCGAACGCGACGUCACGAGCCCACACGACUGGGAUUUCCUCCUCAUCGCACAUGUUGCUUUGCAGGGAACCGCACAGCCUGUUCAUUAUCACGUUAUCCGUGAUGAAAUGAAACAUCAGCCUGCUCAGCUCCAAAACAUGAUUUACAAUCACUGUUAUCAGUAUGUUCGCUCGACGACCUCUGUUUCACUGUUUCCGGCCAUCUACUAUGCGCAUUUGAUCUCCAACCGUGCUCGUUGCCAGAGCGCUGAUGAGUUCGUUGAAGGUUCGGACGAAUCCCCGGAGAACAGCGGCCCCAAACAAGGUGGCCCCAAGCCCUUGCUUCCAAUGGCAAAGAAUGAAACGCGCAACAAUCUGGAAAUGUGGUUUGUUUAG